AUGUCCUCCGUCGAGCCCCUCGCCUUCGACGAGCUCUCCUUCCCGGGGAUCAUCGAGCAGGUCUUCGCCUUCGCCUCUCGCGAUGCCCUCCUCGUUAUGCGCCAGGUCUCGCGCUCUUGGCGGGAUCGCGCGGACGCACGCUUCGUCUCGCACGUGAGCAUCGAGCACCGGUGCGAGGGCGGCAGGUCCGUCGUCGUGAUGCACGGCCCGCUCGGCGUGAUCCCUCGGCAGGACUGGUACGAGACAAGCGUGGGCGACGCAACGCGCGUCCUCGACCUCGGGUGCGGGGGCAGUGCGGCCGCUCUUGCAGGCCUCUGCCGGCUCCGCAAGCUCGAGCUUCUCCGUGACCACGGGUACGUGAUGCGAGACCGGGCACCCCUCCCGCACGCUCGCGCAUAUCUCAUGAACCGCGUCGGCGUCGACACCUUCUCCGCCUACUGGGACCACCUCAUCAUCUCGCUCCCCUACUUCCAGCCGACCUUUGUGCCGCUGGAGAACGCAUUUGGCUCGCACGGGUGCUUCCCCAAGUCGCUAGCUGGCGCCGUCCAGAAUGUGCGCGGCACAAUUCGCCGCCCCUCCGUUCUCCCCUCCUCCCUUACGUUCGGCGACAACGGGCGCGCGUCCCACCUCGCCGCGCCCCACCCUCGCAUCAGCGCCCUAGGUGCCGGGCAAUACACGGGAUUCGUGAUUCCGCUCUCGCGACCUUCAAGGAGUUUCCACGUGCCCGGCGCGUUCACCGUCAUCCUCGCCCGCCCGCCCCCAGGCUUUGCUCCGCGCCCACCAGGCGUCGCAGCUUCCCGCCGCGCACCGCGGCGUGCGGACGACUAUGAGGGCACAUUCCGCAACAUGGCGCGGCGGAUCGCCAAGAUUCUCGCCGAGUGCGAUCUCGUGCCCAUCACCCUCGUCGGGUUUGAUGGCUGGUUUGCUUUUCUCCCUCACAACCGCGUGUGCUCGUACGAUACACUCAUGGACGAAAUUCAGUCCAUCCUCGUUGAUUUCCUCAAAUGCGAGGAUACAGCCGCAGAGCGCAUGAAGGCCAUCGCGUAUCUUUCGUUAGACGACUACCGCCAGCGCGUUGGUGAUGAGCGCUUUCACCUUGAAACCGAGUUUGCAGACACUAUGGGGCCCGGACCGGAGAGCGAGGACGAAGGCCGGACGACUUGGACGUCGCCCGUAGGAUGA